CAAUGGCGGAGGACGCAUUUUGGUGGGUUGGAGAUACCUUCUGGUGGAUCGGAGUGUACGCGGUUUUUCUGUGGUCUUACGACUGUUGGUUGGAAUCGCUCCUGUGCAUCAUCUGGGGUUCCCUCCGAAGUUUGGUGCUGCGCGAGAAGCUGCCAGAAAAGUAUGGACCGUGGGCAGUCGUCACUGGAUCUACGGCUGGGAUUGGGAAGAGCUACGCGGAACGGCUGGCGAAAAAAGGUUUCAACAUUGUUCUCGUGUCUCGGAGUGAAUCCAAGCUGAUCAGUGUAGCGGCUGAGAUCGAGCAGAAGUAUGCUGUGGAAACGAAAUGGAUCGCCGUGGACUUCACCGAUGGCCCUGAAAUAUAUGAUUACUUGCGAGAACGGCUUAACUCGUUCGAUAUCGGGGUAUUGGUGAACAACGUUGGUGUCCUUCCUUCGCUGAGUUCCUUCGACCGGAACAAUGAAUCGGAGAUUCUAGAGUUGGUCAGAGUAAAUAUUCUGGCCACGACGAUGCUGUCACGAAUUGUGCUUCCUGGUAUGAAAGCUCGUCGCAGAGGUGCCAUAGUUAACAUCGCGUCUGGUGGCGGAUACUUUCCCAUUCCUUACAUGUCCGGCUAUUCGGCAUCGAAGUCUUUCGUCAUCAACUUUAGCCUCGCUUUAAAUUAUGAGCUUAAGGGCACCGGAGUCGAGUGCCAGGUGGCAUCGCCUUGCAUUACGCAGACAAAUUUGAGCGCCAGGUUCAACGACAUUAUCCCGUGGUAUGCACUAGUCCUGACGUCAGAUACGAUGGCGAAAUCUGGAGUGUACAUGAUUGGCAAGACGACACACACCAGUGGCCAUUGGUUGCAUUGCUUGCAGAUUCUCUGGUGGGCGUUUUUGCCACGAUCGUUUACCGUUUCCUUAAUCGGGUUCUUAUUUGCCAGGCGCGUCGACAAAUCCGAUUAAUGUUAAAAGCUCGUAUCUCCAACUUUCACAAAUAUUUCCUACCCACCAAAGUCAUUCAUAAAACCAAAUACUCCACCCCUAUUUAAGUUAAUGCAUUCUGUCGAACCGGGGAUUGGACAAUAAAAUACUGAUAUUUAUUAUUCUUCAAAAUUCAUUGUAUCGGAUUCAAUGUAGUAGCUCCCGAAAUAACAUAUUUGAGUUAUCGUGACGUUUUCAAACACAUUCUCCAAAACUUUGUUUAUUUUAUUUUAUUCGAUGUGGAAUGACUGUGCCAGGAACUACAACAUAGAGUCUCACUCGUGGUAUACUUGCACAUCAUAGGGCGCUAAGACGUUCAGCAGAGUUAUUAAAUUACUCGAUGUGUUACCCAUCGAAACGCUUGAAUUUCAGGAAAGAUACCAAAUCAGAAAAUAGGUCACGCUUUUAGCUUGAGCUUGAGCUUAGGUAGACUGUACAAUUCGUAGUUGCUUUCCGUGAUUGACCUGAACCAACCAAAUUGCACAAAGAACACACAGAAUGACGCUUGGGACUAGCAAAUCAUUCUCGUUGUACAAUUUUUGGUGAUUCGCGCUUUAAAUGGUCAAUAACGAUGCCGGCCAUGUCCUUACAGUCACCAGGGGAAGGGAAGGAAUGUUAGUAUGAUAUACGUCGCCCGAAGGCCAGAAGGGUCGCCUCUAUAGCGUGGUUCCCUAGCGUUUAUCAUGGAAGGGAAAGUUUGUUAGUGGGAAGGGGUACUAAUCAGAAUUCACUGUGGUAAGUGAUAUGAUUCUGUAGACGCGGAUUCUCAAUAAAUCGACGAAACGAAACCCCUAAAAUCUCGUGUUACGACACGGGGUAGAAUUUAUCUUUGGGUAUCCUAAAAAGGAAAAUCUGAAAAUUUAAUUGAUCCGACUAUAUAUUGUAUUAUUUAA